AUGGGCAACAAGGUUUACUUCGACAUUGAGUGGGAGGGUCCCGUCAUGCAGGGCGGCAAGCCUACCUCUACCGUCAAGGCCCAGUCUGGCCGCAUCAACUUCAAGCUCUACGACGACGUCGUCCCCAAGACCGCCGAGAACUUCCGCGCUCUCUGCACCGGCGAGAAGGGCUUCGGCUACGCCGGCUCGGGUUUCCACCGCAUCAUCCCUGAGUUCAUGCUCCAGGGCGGUGACUUCACUCGCGGCAACGGCACUGGCGGCAAGUCCAUCUACGGCGAGAAGUUCGCCGACGAGAACUUCACCAAGAAGCACACCCGCCCCGGUCUGCUGUCCAUGGCCAACGCUGGCCCCAACACCAACGGCUCCCAGUUCUUCAUCACCACCGUCGUGACCUCGUGGCUCGACGGCCGCCACGUCGUCUUCGGCGAGGUCGCUGACAAUGACUCCCUGGACGUCGUCAAGGCCCUCGAGGCUACCGGCUCCGCCAGCGGCAGCGUCAAGUACAACAAGCGCCCCACCAUUGUCAAGUCUGGUGAGCUGUAA